AGUUGAAUUUAAUGGCAGAUUACUGUAGACAGCAGAGCUCCCUAAUGAGGGGCCUGGGAGGCGUACUGCCGUUUGCAAUACAUGGCUGUGUUUCCUGGCACUGGAGGUCUGGCAGUCCUUUCAGAGCUCUUCUUCUCCUCAGCAGCCCUGCCUGCGAGCAAACCUCCAUGAAUGCUCCCCCUUUCCCUUGUGCCAUCCAUUAUGAGCCAUCACUCUCCCCCCCUACUCCCCCGCUUUCCACCUUCACAUACUCUCUCAGCCCCCAGUUCUGGACCUUUUCGGAAGGUUUUUAGAAGUGACUCUUCGUGCGCGAGCUGAGGUCUCCAAUUGAUCCUCCUUGUCGGCUAGAGUGUGUGUUUACGCCGCUUCGCCGCUGCUGGCCUUGCGGGGAAUGGCGACCUAGGCGGGUUAGUCAGAUUGGGCCGGUCACCGAGCAGGAAGACGUGACGUGCUUGGUUUUGGGGGUGGAGAUCACUUGUUUCCGAUUACUUGCAAUCUGAAGUCGGUUGCUGGAAGUGGUGCUCACCGAGCCCAAACGGGUGGUGUUUGUGAUUUGUGCUUUGCGCAUUACUCAGAGAGGUUUGAUCAUCUUCUUGACUUUACCACGGUGCGGGUUGCUCCGUAGCCUCUGAGUUUCUCGGUCGUUUCUUUUUCCUCACUGUGCUGGUCCUUUCUUUGUAAAUUCUCUCUCUCUCUCUCUCUCUCUCUCUCUCUCUAUAUAUAUAUAUAUCAAUUUGGAAGAAGGCCUGGGAAUUGCAGUAAUAGUACCGCUCUCGCGACAAGUUGACUACGCGUCACGCACAUUGGCUCCUCGAGAUCAACUAAAUUCACCCAAAUUUAAAGUUUGGUUUGUUAUUUAAUUUUCUCCCUUCCCCCACGAUAGAGGGGCCUGGCAAUCGAGGGUUUGGCUUGGUUGGCGGAAUGAGGAUGGGCUCGUCCGAGAUCAAAGCACAGGAUUGUCGACUUACAUGGGAAGUGAGAGAAGCCGCUUAGAACAAAGCUUAUUGCAGGAGGACAACGAGCUUUGAGCGUGAAAGGAAAAAAAUGGGUUGCUGCGCUUCAACUCCCGUGGUGGAGGAUGAACUGCAGGAUAGGAUACAGACGAAGAAGGAGGUGUUGCAGAAUUUGAGCACGGAGGGGAAAGCCGAUGCUCUCUUGGCUAUGGUUCCUGGCCGCAUGUUUUCUAACGGUGCCAGUAGCAAUGCCUGCAUCUUCACUCAGCAAGGCCGCAAAGGAACCAACCAAGAUGCCAUGGUGGUGUGGGAGAAUUAUGCUUCGAUGGAGGAUACGGUAUUCUGUGGGGUCUUCGAUGGACAUGGCCCCUAUGGGCAUCUUGUAGCACGGCGGGUGCGAGACUCAGUCCCUUCGAAGCUCCUGCAGUUCUGGGAGGAGCACCAGGCUAAUCUUGGGCAACACAAGCCAGAAACUCCAGAGCACAAUGGAAUUGCAGGUAAUGGUGUCAGGAAUGGAGCUGUGCAUCAAAACGGGAGAUCUACACACUCAGUGAAUGGAGAACACAAAAUGGUAUCAACCGACACUGUGGAAGAAGGUAAGGAGCACCCAAUGUUCGAUGUGUGGAAGGAAGCGCAUUUGACAGGGUACAGAAUCAUGGACAAGGAGCUGCGGUCUCAUCCUGGGAUAGACUGUUUUUGCAGCGGUACAACUGCCGUUACUGUGUUAAAGCAGGGCAAACAUCUAGUGAUUGGGAAUGUUGGAGACUCUCGGGCAAUUCUGGGCACGAAGGAUGACAAUGGGAGCUGGAAAGCUGUCCAGUUGACGGUAGACUUGAAACCAAAUCUGCCACGAGAAGCGGAGCGAAUCCGUCAGUGCCGUGGGCGCGUCUUUGCAUUGCAUGAUGAGCCAGAGGUUCCGCGCGUCUGGUUGCCUUUCGAUGAUUCACCUGGGCUUGCAAUGGCCCGUGCAUUUGGUGAUUUUUGCUUGAAAGACUACGGUGUCAUUGCCGUCCCGGAGAUGUGUUACCGACAACUGACAAAGCAAGAUCAGUUCAUUGUUCUAGCAACUGAUGGGAUUUGGGAUGUUCUAAGCAAUGAAGAGGUGGUGCAAGUGGUAGCGCAAGCGCCAACACGCGCAACAGCCGCGCGUGCUCUUGUGGAAUCCGCUGUGCGUGUCUGGAGGUUGAAGUACCCCACCUCGAAAGUAGACGAUUGUGCCGUGGUGUGCCUAUACGUGGACCAAACAUUCUCGGCUUCAAGCGAGAGCUUGCCACCGAAGGAGACAUCCAAGCCCAACGGCACCCAUGACAAAUACCUUGGCUCGAAUGGCUCUCACUGGGAGCGUGGAACCUCUGUGGCUGGACGAUCACCGGAACCUCAAGACCUGCAAGCAUCGCAGUCUUCUGGAACUGAGGAGAUCUCACCUGGGGAGCCAUCAAAAGACUUCAAAACCACGAAGCAGCCCCGAAAGUUGGCCGAUUGGCUGGACGCCGAUGUGAAAGAGGAGGAGGAGUGGUCAGCCUUGGAGGGGGUGACUCGAGUUAACUCUCUCUUAAACCUGCCCAGGAGGCUGCAACAGCAAAACCCUGCACGACAGCAGCACAAUCCCUCAUGAGCAGAAUUGACGAUGAAUUCCGAAGAAAACGUUUCUUGCCCACUCACUAGGGGUGCGCAUUUGCUCUUAAGAAGGUUGCUAUUUGAGUGGAGGAGGUUGCUGAUUUAUGCCUAUUUUCCACCCUUAGGUAAGCAGCUUGUGCUCUCCGAGCAUAGCUUCUGGGUUCUGAAUCAGUUACAUAUGAGUCUGAUCAGUAGAGGCUGCAAGCGAGUACUUGGGCGGUAUUUUGAAUAUAGAACUCGUUGCAUAUACAACGGGCGCUUUGCCUCUAGAGAAUUAUGACAUUUUGUCUCAUCUGCACUGCUGGAAAUGUGUAGAUAAUCUGCACCAUAGUGGGACAUGACUCAUGGCCGACACAGCAUGCAGAUGGGAGAACUCCAGAUACAAGAUACCUCUUUUUUUUUUUUUCCCAGUUGAGGGGUAGAUUUGCGAUUCGACCUGCCUGGCUCAAUCACUCCCACUGUACUAUAGCUUAGGCACUCACUAUGGAAGUGGAAGUGUCGGUCUUCGAGGACUCUUCUAUGUAGAUCCAGUUAGAGAGACCAAGUUUUUACUUUCUCGUGUCGCAGCUUCGCAAAGCCAGACAUGACUGUCCGAUGUAGUCACUUUUUUGAAGACGAUAUUCCUUCAGAGGAGAGUCCAAUAACAAGAACUUAACUUCACCAGCA